UCUGACACACUUGCGCAUGCAUGCACUAGCCAUAAGCUCGUGCUGCUAACCUCAAUAGUAGCGCGCACUCGUUCUGCUAUAGGCUUACAUGACAACACUUAUAUUGGCUGGCGUGCCAUCUGUCGUGAAACAGGACCAAUAUUUCAGGUUUAUUGAACUUGAGCUCCCAAAAUGAAGCGAUAAGAAGGGAUGCAGUGUUUUGAAUGGGAAAGAAUAAUGCAGGAGUAACUCAAGGAUGUUUUGGAUGUAUCGCGUGCCAGGGCUGAAGGUUUGAUGCUCGUGUUUUGGUGAGUUUGGAGGUGAUCGCUUGAGCGUGAUUCAUUUACCGCAAAGUUACCAGACUGGACUAUCGAUGAGCAAAAUGCGUUUGUUGCUUGGUUUUGUUUUGUCAACUUUUUGGCUUUGGGAAGCGUCGCUUUCUCGCGUUUACACCAAUCAUUGGGCUGUUCGGAUCCCCGGAGGACCAGUAGACGCUGAUAAACUCGCCUCAAAAUAUGGCUUUACUAAUUUGGGUCAGAUCGGAGGACUGGAGCACCAUUACCAUUUCCAUCACAGCAGGGUGGUACGCAGAUCCACCUUUGCCACGAGGGGCGCUCACAGCUUCAUUCACAUGGAUCCAAAGGUUGAUUGGGCGCAGCAGCAGGUGGUGAAAUCACGAGUGAAACGCCACGCCAGGAGUGACCCGAGCUACAUCCACUUCAACGAUCCCAAAUGGUCCAACAUGUGGUACAUUCACUGUAGUGAUAAAAACAGCCGCUGUCGUUCAGAAAUGAAUAUCCUUGCGGCCUGGCAGAGAGGCUACACAGGUCGAAAUGUGGUCAUCACCAUCUUGGACGACGGUAUUGAGAGGAAUCAUCCAGAUCUGGCUCAGAAUUAUGAUCAGCUUGCUAGCUAUGAUGUGAAUGGCAAUGACUACGACCCGACCCCACGAUACGAUUCCAGCAACGAGAACAAGCACGGGACACGAUGUGCAGGUGAAGUUGCCGCUGUAGCCAACAACUCGCAUUGCAUUGUCGGUAUAGCCUACAACGCCCGCAUAGGAGGUGUUCGAAUGCUUGAUGGAGACGUGACUGAUGUGGUGGAGGCCAAGUCUCUGGGAAUAAGGCCAGACUACAUCGACAUUUACAGUGCCAGCUGGGGCCCCGAUGAUGACGGGAAGACUGUAGAUGGACCGGGGCCUCUGGCCAAACAAGCCUUUGAACUGGGAAUUAAAAAGGGCCGUAAGGGUCUCGGCUCCAUCUUUGUUUGGGCGUCUGGUAACGGAGGCCGGCAAGGUGAUCACUGCUCCUGCGACGGCUACACCAACAGCAUCUACACCAUCUCUGUCAGCAGCAGUACGGAAAACGGCAACAAGCCCUGGUAUCUGGAGGUCUGCUCCUCCACCCUUGCCACCACAUAUAGCAGCGGAGAGUUCUACGACCGCAAAAUUGUGACCACAGACCUGCGGCAGAGGUGUACCGAUGGCCACACGGGCACCUCAGUAUCUGCUCCGAUGGUGGCGGGUGUCAUUGCUCUCGCUCUGGAGGCAAAUCCUCUGAUCACCUGGAGAGAUGUCCAGCAUCUCCUUGUAAAGACAUCGAGACAGGCUCACCUGAAAGCCACUGACUGGAAAACCAAUGCAGCCGGACACAAAGUUAGUCAUCUGUAUGGCUUUGGUUUGGUGGAUGCUGAGGCCAUGGUGGUGGAAGCCAAAAAGUGGAGAAAUGUUCCUCCUCAGCACACCUGCACCAAGACCUCUGACCGCAGAACCCGGUACAUUCGAGCGGAUCAGAAACUGAAUGCCAGCAUCUCGACCACAGGCUGCAGCGAACAGCCCGAUCAACACGUGGUGUUCGUGGAGCACGUGGUGGUGCGUGUCCUCAUCGUCCACCCUCGCAGAGGAGACCUGGAGAUCAACCUCAUAUCACCCUCAGGGACGCGAUCACAGCUACUGGCUCAGAGAUUGUUUGAUAACUCCAACGAGGGCUUCAGGAACUGGGAGUUCAUGACGGUGCAUUGCUGGGGGGAAAGAGCGGAGGGCACGUGGACCCUGGAGAUAUCUGACUCGCCCUCUCAGCUGCGUAACCCGGAGGUGUUGGGUAAGCUGAAGGAGUGGACACUAAUCCUGUACGGCACGUCUGAACACCCCUACCAAACCCAGGGUUCCCACCACUCUCGCUCCAGGAUGCUGGAAAUUCCCACAGCAGGCAAGGAGCUGAAAAACCCAGAUUCUGUGCCAGGAGCCCCUGAGCAUGAAGAGGAGGAAGAGGAGGAAUAUAAUGGUCCGUGUCAUCAUGAAUGUGGAGAUCAAGGCUGUGAUGGGCCGGAUGCUGAUCAUUGCCUCAAUUGCAUUCACUUCAGUCUGGGCAGCCUCAAAUCUGGCAGGACAUGUGUUAGUCACUGUCCACUGGGCUACUUUGAGGACGUAGACGCCCGUAGAUGUCGUCGCUGUAACAGAGGCUGUGAGAAAUGUGUCGGUCGUGGAGCGAACGAGUGCAGAUCUUGCCGGAGAGGUCUUUAUUUCUACUCGAAGGAGAGCGUCUGUGUGGAAACCUGUCCCACCGGCUGCUUCCAUGACGAGGGCCAGAGACGUUGCCUGAAGUGUCAUGAGAACUGUUUGAGAUGCUUGAGAGAUGCAGACAGAUGCACUGCCUGUAAGGAUGGCUUCAGUCUGGCAGGAAUGACCUGCGUUCCACAGUGUGCCAAUGGAACUUAUUUUAACUUGGAAGAAAUGAAGUGCAGCCCUUGCCACAUCUCCUGCUCCACAUGCACAGGGCCGGGACUGGAGGAGUGCAUUCAGUGUGCGCCUGACUUCUUACAGCAGGAGUGGCGGUGCGUUCAGACAUGCGCUCCCGGGUACUACAGGAGCGAGGUUGCGGGAUUCUCACAGAGGAUGUGCCGCAAGUGUGAGGAGAACUGUUUGAGUUGCCAGGGUCCUGGAACGAGCUGCACGCAGUGCAAGGACGGAUACAGCCUCGUCAGUCGGACGUGCAUCAUGAACGCCACCUGUAACAAUGCGGAUGAAGUGUUCUGCGAGAUGGUCAAGUCCAACCGGUUAUGUGAGAAGAAGCUCUUCCGUCAGUUCUGCUGCCGGACGUGUUUGAUGACCGCUGGAUGACAGCAAGAAAAGAGGCCAUUGGACUGACCUCCUCUCUCUUUGGUUGUAUUAUCUAAUGUACAUUUUAACCUAGCUAUACUGUGAUUAUUAAUGACAGAAGUAAUACUCCUCAUUUCAAGAAGCCCCGUUAGGGUGCUGUUUGAUUUAAUCGAGAUAUAUUUUUAAGAUUGUCUGUUUUUUAAACAUGCAGUACAUGUAUAAAUUGCUUCUUUUUUAUUCAAAGACAUCGCUCUGAAUUAUGUAAUAACUGUAUAUGAGAGAAGCCAUCUGGAGCCGGCGUUCUCAGAACUGAUCAUGUGAUUUCCAGGGAGAAUGAUUGCGUUGGUGUAUGUCAGAUAACGUUUCGAGUGAUACUGCAAUGUAAAGAGAGACAUUAAAGAGAUAGUUCACUCAGAAAUUAAAAUUUUGUCAUUUACUCACCCUCAAGUUGUUCCAAAUCUAUAUAAACUUCUUUGUUCUGCUGUACACAAAGGAAGAUAUUUGGAAAAAUGUUUGUAACCGAGCAGAUCUCGCUUCCCAUUGACAACCAUAGUAUUUUUUUCCCCUACUAUGGUAGUCAAUGAGGGAGAUCUGCUUGGUUACAAACAUUCUUCCAAAUAUACGUGUUUGGAACAACUUGAGGGCGAGUAAAUGAUGACAGAAUUUUCAUUUUUGGGUGAACUAUCCCUUUCAAGGAUCAUCAAGCAUAAUGACACUGUACAUUUUAAACUAUGUAUCUAAUGAUAUUUGAAAUAUUUGAAGGUGAUAUACGUCCAUCAGUGCUCUGAAAUAUAAACCAUUCCCUGA